GCCCCCAUCCGACGGCUCAAACAACUCCGAUCCAAUCCCCUCCCCCUCCCCAGAUCUAAAACCCCCCAUCGCCAUUGCUCCUCCUCUAGAUCCGAAAGUCAGAUAGCCGGCCGGUGCGGCGGCGCUGUGGUGACGAUGGUGGAGCCGCACGCUAAAACCUGGACUACCCGUCGCGGCAGCAACCCUCGCCUCGAGUCCGAUCCCGUAAUCGAUAUCCCCUCAACUCCUCCCGCAGACGCUCGCCCCGGAAAUAAACUCCCCUCCACCACCCCAUUCCUCUCCUUCUUCCUCCCCUUUUACUCCUCCGCAUCCGAUGGCUUUGCAUACGCCAAUCUCACCACCGUCUUCAUCAUCGGCGCCUGGUAUUUCUCCAACAUCGGCGUCCUCCUCCUAAACAAAUACCUCCUCAGUGUUUACGGCUACCGCUACCCGAUUUUCCUCACCAUGAUCCACAUGAUCUCCUGCUCUCUCUACAGCUUCACCGCCAUUCGCUGGCUCCGCCUUGUGCCUCUCCAAUCCGUCUCCUCUCGCAAGCAGCUCCUCAAGAUAGCUGCCCUCAGCGGCAUUUUCUGCUUCUCCGUCGUCUGCGGGAACACUUCGCUCCGUUAUCUACCGAUAUCAUUCAAUCAGGCAAUCGGCGCCACCACGCCCUUUUUCACUGCUGUUUUCUCUCUUAUAAUAACAUGUCACCGCGAAUCCGCCGCUGUGUACCUUGCUCUCUUGCCGGUCGUGCUAGGUAUUGUUCUGGCAAGCAAUAGCGAACCACUUUUUCAUCUCUUCGGCUUUCUCGUAUGCCUCGGCUCCACGGCCGGCCGCGCGCUCAAAUCGGUGGUGCAGGGGAUUUUACUCACAUCCGAGGGGGAGAAGCUUAAUUCGAUGAACUUGCUUAUGUACAUGUCUCCCAUCGCCGCCGUGAUGCUUCUUCCGAUUACGCUUUGGAUGGAGGGGAAUAUAGCUGCCACCACGGCGGCGAAGGCUGCAGAUGAUCCGCGGCUGCUUUUCUUCCUGUUCGUGAACGCGACGGUCGCCUACCUCGUGAAUCUGACCAAUUUUCUGGUGACGAAGCACACCAGCGCUCUCACUCUUCAGGUUCUGGGCAAUGCUAAAGCCGCGGUGGCCGCCGUUGUUUCUGUUCUUAUUUUCCGGAAUCCGGUGACUGUGAUGGGGAUGACCGGGUUCGGGAUAACGAUUUUUGGGGUAGUUUUAUACAGCGAGGCCAAGAAGAGGUCGAAAUCUUCCUCCUCCACCUCAUCAUCUUCUUCCUCCCCCAAUUCUUCUUCUUCUUCUUGAAAUUCUCGCACGGAUUCUAUCAAAUUUCCUUAAAAAAAUCUGUUUUCUGCGCCGCUGCAAAGAUUGUUAUUUGAUAGGAUAAAUUUUAUCAUCAACUGUAAUAGUUUUUUUCUGCAUUUCUGCGCUCUUUUAGAUCGCCAUAACAAUUUUUUCUUUGCCACGGCUAUGAGCUCAAAUGAUCAGACAGCUAGCUGUUCGCUUCGUCGUUGUCACUUACAGCUA